AUGACUGCAAGGCAAUCCCAUGAAAGUUUUUGCUCAUUUCAUCAUCCUAUUCGUGAGCAGAGCUCGAUUAAGCAUAGAAUUAAAAUUUGUUGUACAAACUUCGUUUCGGAGAAAACGAAAAUUGACGGGUCUAGGAAAAGACGGCGAAAUCGGGUGUUAGCUGUUUCGAAGACUGAAACUUAUGGUACAAAUGGUAAGUUAAGGUUGUCGAAUAUGGAGAAAAAUCCACAAGGUCAAGGAAAUUCGAAUCACAAUUUCGAGGAAUUUGAGAGUAAUAAUUAUCUUCGUCGGCUGGUAAGGAAUGGGGAGUUGGAGGAAGGGUUUAGGCAUCUCGAGAACAUGGUUUACCGGGGUGACAUUCCCGAUAUUAUCCCGUGCACGAGUUUAAUUCGUGGGUUUUGCCGGAUUGGAAAGACUAAGAGGGCUACUAGGAUCAUGGAGAUUCUUGAAGAAUCUGGGGCUGUUCCCGAUGUUAUAACUUAUAAUGUGUUGAUUAGUGGGUACUGUAAGUCGGGGGAGAUUGAUAGUGCGUUGAGAGUCUUGGACCGAAUGAGUGUUGCCCCGGAUGUGGUCACAUACAAUACAAUUUUGCGCACUUUAUGUGAUAGUGGGAAGUUGAAACAAGCUAUGAAGGUUCUUGAUCGGCAGCUGCAAAAGGACUGCAUUCCCGAUGUGAUAACCUACACGAUUUUGAUUGAAGCCACGUGUAAGGAAAGUGGAGUGGGACAAGCAAUGAAGCUCUUGGAUGAAAUGAGGAUUAAAGGUUGUAAGCCUGAUGUGGUUACUUAUAAUGUUCUUAUCAAUGGGAUUUGUAAGGAAGGCAGAUUGGAUGAUGCGAUUAAGUUCUUGAAUAAUAUGCCUUCUUACGGUUGCCAACCUAAUGUCAUCACGCAUAACAUCAUUUUGCGCAGUAUGUGUAGCACGGGGAGGUGGAUGGAUGCUGAGAAACUACUGUCGGAGAUGCUUAGAAAAGGGUGUUCGCCGAGUGUUGUCACCUUUAACAUCUUGAUUAAUUUCUUGUGUAGGAAAGGACUACUGGGUCGAGCAAUUGAUAUUUUGGAGAAGAUGCCUAAACAUGGGUGUACACCAAAUUCCUUGAGUUACAAUCCGUUGCUUCAUGGGUUCUGCAAGGAAAAGAAGAUGGAUAGGGCGAUUGAGUAUCUUGAGGUAAUGGUAUCCCGGGGGUGUUACCCUGAUAUUGUGACCUACAAUACAUUGCUUACAGGUUUAUGUAAAGAAGGGAAGGUUGAUAUUGCAGUCGAGAUUCUAGAUCAGCUAAAUAGCAAAGGCUGUUCUCCUGUUUUGAUUACCUACAAUACAGUGAUUGAUGGGCUGUCGAAGAUGGGAAGAACUGAACGUGCUAUACAGCUAUUGGACGAAAUGCGGGAGAAAGGGCUCCGACCUGAUAUCAUCACCUACUCAUCACUCGUGAGAGGACUCAGUAGAGAAGGAAAGAUUGAUGAAGCUGUCAAAUUCUUUCAUGAUAUCGAACAACGUGGGGUCAUGCCCAAUGCUAUCACAUAUAAUUCCAUCAUGUUGGGGCUUUGCAAGGCUCGUCAAACAUAUCGUGCCAUUGAUUUCUUGGCUUAUAUGGUAUCAAAGGGAUGCAAACCUACUGAAUCUACAUACACAAUUCUGAUAGAAGGCAUUGCUUAUGAAGGAUUGGCAAAGGAGGCUUUGGAGUUAUUGAACGAGUUGUGCACUAGAGGAGUGGUGAAGAAAAGUUCAGUCGAACAGGUAGCCGUCAAAAUAUAG